AGAGUAGGCGUUAAACAUUACAUUUACAUCUUUAUUUGCGUUUGCAUUGGGGAAGCCUGUAGGUGUUUUUGGAAGACUUUGGUGAAAGCUAUAGUCUCGCGGUUGUAAUUGCAGUUGCAGUUGCAAGCUGUAAUCAGAUUCCAAAUGAUCCACUUUGUACUUCUCAUUAGUCGCCAAGGGAAGGUGAGGCUGACAAAAUGGUACUCACCUUAUUCUCAAAAAGAAAGAAGUAAGGUAAUCCGCGAGCUCAGUGGAAUGAUUAUUUCCCGUGCUCCCAAGCAAUGUAAUUUUGUAGAAUGGCGAGGAUAUAAAGUUGUUUACAAAAGGUAUGCUAGUCUCUUUUUCUGCAUGUGUAUUGAUCAAGAUGACAAUGAAUUGGAAGUUCUUGAAAUAAUUCAUCAUUUUGUGGAGAUUCUUGACCGGUAUUUUGGCAGUGUCUGUGAACUGGACCUAAUAUUCAACUUUCACAAGGCCUACUAUAUACUAGAUGAAAUUCUAAUUGCUGGUGAGCUUCAAGAGUCCAGCAAGAAAACAGUUGCUCGAUUGAUAGCAGCACAGGAUUCAUUGGUGGAGACUGCAAAGGAGGAAGCGAGCUCAUUAAGUAAUAUAAUUUCACAAGCCACUAAGUGAGAAAGAAAAAUGUUAAUGUUUCUUGCAAAUAUAGUAUGUGGAUGUACCAUUUUUACUGUUAUAAAGUUGACUUUAUUGCAGUUGUCCUUCUCAUAUCAUGUUUGUGUAUGCCUGAAUUUUCCUAUUACUGAUGUUUAGUGGUGACAUUUUCCUAAGCCCUGAGAAUUACUUUUACUUUGUAUGCUGCUUUGAGACAGAAAUUCAAUAGUAUGCUUGUUAAUAUCCUUUA